AAACUUCACCAACACCCCAAAUUUCUCAACCAUCCAAAAAAAUCUCAGCUGCUGCUGUUGCCACUGCCAAUAUUCACCUUUCCAUCACAAUCCUUCUCAGCAGAUUCCCAAAUUCCCCCUUUCUCUUCAAGCCAAGAAUCUUAAAGAUUCUCCAUAAAAAAAAACUUAGUUAGAACUUUAUUAUUAUACAUAUGAUGCCAUUGUUCUGUUUCUUUUCUCUUCAUACCCCUCCCCUUUCUCAUUCUCCUUACUUUGUCCUUUUCAUUUUUAAGCCACCCUUUUCAAAUCUUGAAAAAUUUCAAAGAUUUUUAGCAUCCUAAUGUCUUCUUCAAGUGUCAAUCAUAUAUCUCAACCUUGCAUAUAUGGUCACUUUGUUUCUAAGACUACUGAGAGAAAGUCAAGGUUAAUGAAAUGGCUGAGUAAACUUUUCAAGGGUGGAUCAAGUAAUAGGGGACAGCAACCACAGUUUCUUGGAGAUGAAAAUAUGGUUUGGAGAGCUCCAGCAAGAUCAAUGGACGAUAACUCUAGGACCAGUAAGGAGAAGGAGGAACUAGAUCAUGCAAUUGCCCUCUCUCUUGCUGAAGAUUUGAAGAAACCAAAAGGAUACAGAUGGAGAACUGACCAAGAUGAAGAUCUAGCAAGAUCACUUCAAGAUAAUUCGAAUUCAUCUUCAUAUCCUCCGAAGUAUGCUCCUUCAUAUGCUCCUUGGGAAUAUAAUCCCAAUAGUUACAGAAAAUGUAGUGGCUGCUAUAAGGAUAUCGUCUCUGGCAAUUAUUUGGGAUGCAUGGGAACUUUCUUUCAUCCAGAAUGUUUUCUUUGUCGUGCUUGUGGUGUUCCAAUUACUGAAUACGAGUUUUCUUUGUCAGGGAACAAUACAUAUCAUAAGUCAUGCUUCAAGGAAAUGACUCAUCCCAAAUGUGAAGUCUGCCAUCAAUUUAUCCCAACAAAUGGAGCUGGUUUGAUAGAGUACAGAAGCCACCCAUUUUGGUCUCAGAAAUAUUGCCCUGCACAUGAAAAUGAUGACACCAAAAGGUGCUGUAGUUGUGAACGUCUGGAGUCACGGAAUGCAAGAUAUAUGUCACUCGGAGAUGGUCGGAGCUUAUGCUUAGAGUGCAUGGAAUCUGCAAUCAUGGAUACCGGGGACUGCCAGCCACUUUACCAUUCCAUCCGAGACUAUUAUGAAGGCAUGAACAUGAAAAUAGAUCAGCAAGUUCCUAUGCUUCUUGUUGAAAGACAUGCCCUUAAUGAGGCCAUUGAAGGGGAGAAGCAUGGUCUCCAUCAUAUGCCUGAAACAAGAGGUCUCUGCCUAUCAGAAGAGCAGACAGUCACCAGUAUUCUUAAAAGGCCCAGAAUAGGUGGUCGUGGACUUGUAGGAAUCAGAACACAUCCUCAGAAGCUAAUUAGAAAAUGUGAAGUUACAGCUAUCCUAGUAAUAUUCGGCCUCCCAAGAUUACUUACUGGUGCCAUUCUAGCUCAUGAACUGAUGCAUGCUUGGUUACGUCUAAAAGGAUACCGUAAUCUCAGCCCUGAGGUAGAGGAAGGAAUCUGCCAAGUGCUUUCCCAUAUGUGGCUUGAAUCAGAGGUAAUGCCUGGAUCUAGAAAUAUGCCAUCCACAUCAACUGCUUCGUCCUCGUCUACAUGGUCAUCGUCCAAGAAAGGCGGAAAAUCUCGAGUGGAGAGUAAGCUGGGUGAGUUUUUCAUGCACCAGAUUGCCCAUGAUGCUUCUCCAGCAUAUGGUGGAGGAUUUAGAGCUGCUUAUGCAGCCGUGAAUAAGUAUGGUUUACGAAGUACAUUGGAUCACAUUCGCUUGACAGGAAGUUUUCCUUUGUGAUACGUUCAUCGCGACCUCUUUGACCUCGUAUGCUCGAAGACUAUUUUCUCUCCUGUGUGCCCAAGUUAGAGGUCAUUGAUGAAGAAAUGAGUUGAUCACGCAGAGCUGGUUUAGCUACCCCUAUUUUUUCCGGGGUCCUACUGGGGAUACUGAUGGAAUACGACUUGAAUCCUACAAAUAAGUCCAUAUUUUGCCAUUAAAUUGAAAUAUAGAAAUUGUGUCUUGUAUUAGAGACUUAUCAUUUUAAAUGCAAUAAAGAUCAGAUAUUUGAAUGA